AUGAGGUUUUCUCUGCAUGAGUUUGAAGAGAUAACUGGCUUGAACUGCGAGUAUUUGAAGAAUCUCGAGAAUUUGUUUGUUGAGGUAACAAAUGACAUGAAAGCAUUUUGGGGGCAGAUGGGAGUGAAUUUCAACCGGGGGCCAAGUAUUGAUGAAUUAACUGGAGCGUGUCAGAUGUGCAGAACAUUGUCUCGAGAUGAUCGGCUUCGUUUAGGGUAUCCAGCCAUCUACUUUGGCUUCAUCGAAGCACCAAGAACCUCGUCACCCACACGGGCUAGCCUGGCUAGGUUAGUGAUGGAUCUAGAUGCUUUUGAAGAUUAUUCGUGGGGAAGAGUAGCGUUUAAAUUCUUGAUGGAGUCCGUGAAGGGUUUAGACUUAACAAAGACGUAUGCUAUUGAAGGCUUUGUUCAGACUAGGGCUAAAAACUUUACUGUGAAGGAGUACUCUGAAAUAUUCCCUCGCUGUGAUGGUGAUCUGGAAAAUGAGAGAGUUGAUAACAUAGUGAAGGCAAUGUUUUCUCCAGGCUGGGUGUGGGAACAAAGUCAUUGGCCUCUUGUUGGAACAAAACCGUGGACAAAUGUGAACGUGGAGAUCCAUACGAUGAAGAUAGAGGCUGGUGAGAUGGUGCGAAGCAAGAAGGCAGUGUCCCCUUCUCGCACAGAGUCCGAGGCAGAAUCACAUAAGAAGGCUCGUGAGUCCCAUAGCCUGGAUAGGGAGACCAUGAAAGCAUAUAUAGUUGUUUGGCCAGCUGGCAUGUAA